GCUCGUUGUUUCCGGGGAGGAAUGUCAGAGGCGGCGCACACUGAAGAUGGAGGCGCGGCAGGAGGAAGCGGUGCGAGAGUUUGUGCUGGUUACCGACUCGGAGGAGGAGAGGGCCCGGUUCUUUUUGGAGUCCGCCGGCUGGGACCUACAGUUGGCUCUGGCAAGCUUCUAUGAAGAUGGAGGAGAUGAUGACAUAGUGACCCUACCACAGCCACCGUCGGGUUCCACUUCUCGUGGCUCGGGACCCAGUGACCACAGGGUGACGUCUUUCCGAGACCUGGUGCACGCACAAGAGGAAGAGGAGGAGGAGGAAGAAGGCCAAAGAGCUAGGUUUUACGCAGGGGGCUCAGAGAGGAGUGGACAGCAGAUUGUGGGACCCCCUAAGAAAAGGAGCCCCAACGAGCUGGUAGAAGAUCUUUUCAAGGGAGCCAAGGAACAUGGAGCCGUCGCUGUGGACAGAACUGCUAAGAGUCCUGGAGAAACCAGCCGAUCGCCAUUUGCUGGAGGUGGGUAUCGAUUGGGGGCCGCCCCGGAAGAGCAGUCAGCUUAUGUUUCUGGAGCCCGCAGACAGAAUCAAGGCCAGGAUGUCCACGUGGUGCUGAAGCUCUGGAAAAAUGGAUUCAGUUUAGAUGAGGGUGAACUGCGCAGCUAUCAAGACCCCAGCAACGCACAGUUCUUAGAGUCAAUACGCAGAGGGGAGAUCCCGGUGGAGCUGCGCAGACUCGCCCAAGGUGGCCAGGUAAACUUGGAUAUGGAGGACCACCGUGAUGAAGACUUUAUGAAAGCCAAAACUGCCUUUAAAGCAUUCGCUGGCGAGGGCCAAAAAUUGGGAAGCACAGCCCCCAAUGUCAGCAUUGGCUCCACCUCCCAACAGGCAGAAAACGAGGCUAGAGCCAGUUCCUCCAUCACCAUUACUGAUUCUGACCCCGUCACAAACAUCCAGAUCCGCCUGGCCGAUGGAGGGAAGCUGGUCCAGAAGUUCAAUCACAGUCACAGGAUCCAGGACAUCCGCCAAUUCAUCGUCAGCGCCCGACCGGCCAUGGCUGCCACAGGCUUUGUGUUGAUGACUACGUUCCCAAACAAGGAGUUGACGGAUGAGGACCAGACUCUGAAAGAAGCUAACCUUCUAAAUGCCGUCAUUGUGCAGCGGUUAAUAUGAAACCUACCCCCACCCCACCUCCCCCCCUGACCCAGGCUUUCUAUUCCAUUUCCCCAAAACACACUGCGCUCCCCUCUGCUGGUGACAUAGUCAUUCUGUCUUGUAGUCCUGGGAUCUCAAUGCUUUUCAGGUGGACUUCUCUCUAGACGUACAUUUUGCAGGAUUUGUUAUGAGUUGGACUUCAAAACGAUAAAUAA